AUGAGUUCGGAACGGUCAAUAUCGCCUGAUCCAUUACCACGAUCUCGUUCUCGUUCAAGUGUUGUUCUUAUUGAUGAUAAAGGUAGUAAUGGACAUAAUACUCGUCAACCAUCAUCAUCAGUUACACAAAAACGUCGACGAGAAAAUUCCAAUCGUACACCUUCACCACGUUCGGCAACAUCUCGAUCACGUAGUCGUAGUUCAAUAGAAGGUUCAAAAUCACCUGUUGUUCGUAAAAAUGUUAACAGCAAUAAUAAUCAUCGUUCACCAUCACCUGUUCGUCAAUCGAAUUCAUCAUCAAAACGACGUCGUCGUCGUGGUAGUGAUGCUGAUUCAGGUCGACAUAUUUGUGCUAUUUGUUCAUGUGAUGUCGAAGCAGCUAAACGUUUAUAUGGUGUACUUGAUAAUUGCGAUCAUAUUUUUUGUUAUGAAUGUAUUGUUUCAUGGAAACGUUCAAAAUAUAGUAAUGCUGAAUCGGAAAGUUGUCCAGUGUGUAAAGUUCGUUCAGCAUUUAUAACACCAAGUAAAAAUUGGUUUGAAAAUAAAGACGAUAAAUAUCGUCUUGUUAAAAAACAUAAAAAUCAUUUAAAGACAUUACCUUGUCGGUAUUAUCUUCGUCAUGGUUUUUGUCGUUAUUCGGAUCGAUGUUUUUAUGAUCAUCAUGAAGCAGCUAAACAAUAUAAACAACAACAUCAACAUUCAAGAGAACGUGAUCGAGAUCGUGAUCGUGAUCGGGGGGACCGCGAACGUGAUCGUGACCGUGAACGUGAUCGUGAUCAUCAAAGUAGUAGUCAUCAUACUGCAAAUAAUGGAAGCCGUUCUUAUUAUCAUUCACCAUCACCACCACCACCAUCAUCAUCAAGUCGAUAUUCAUCGUCACGUUAUCGUGAACGUGCUUAUUAA